GGCGUGUCUCCGCAAAAGCGGUCCGUCGCCGGUUGGCGUCGGGGAUGCAGCGGCCGCCACCUCCGGCCCCACCUCCUGCACCGCCUGCUGAUCGAGGCCUCUACUCUGUUGACCAGUACCCUGCUGACGACCGCACGCACUUGGGCAUGUCCAUGCCACCUUACUCGCAACAUCCAGGUGCGAUGCCUCCGCCGGAGCGUGCUGCCGGACUUUGGAACGAACCCUCUGGUGAUGGAUACCAGUGGGUGGAUGGUCCUGGGGCCGAGAGAGUUCCCCAGGUGCAGCCGCCACAUCAGCCAGCACAGGCUCCAUCUUCUGGCGUCCCAAUGUACUCGGCACAAUCCCAGGCUGGUACCCAGUGGGUGGACAAUCCAAGCCCGCCUCCUGUACAAGACAUGGUCUAUCAAUGGGUGGACAGCCCGUCUUAUGGACGCUCGGCUGCGGCCGCCGCACAUCACCAGCCCUAUGUCCAGGCACCAACCAAUCCGUACUACCCAGGGGUCGACCCCUACGGAGCUUUGCCGCGACCAAUGGAUCCAAUGCUGCAGCCCGGCAUCGAUCCCUUGAGACCAGGGCAGGGACUGGACCCCAUCGCUGCGCAAUAUCAGGCUGGACUGGCAUACGGAGCCGCUCCAGAUGCCAGCCGCUAUGGGCACCAGGCUGGCAUGGCGCCACCUUACGCACCAAGGCAGCCACUGGGCAUGGAGGACUUAACAUCAAUUCGAAUGGGUGGCAAAGGAAUGCCGGGUGCCAUGGACUCCUUCGGGCAGGUUGGCUAUGGGCAUGAUGGAGGAAAACGCGGCCACUCUGGCAAAGGGCAGACUGGGCCUUCCCGGGGUCGUCACAUGGAUGACGGGCGCAAGGGUCGACAGGCGGUGCCUCCGGGCCGCCAGGUGGACGGCAACAAGGGACAGGUGGACCUGGGUCAAGCAGCACUCGAGAGCCUGGGAGCAGACGGUUUGCGCCAGAUGCUUAUCACCACUCUGGAGUCUUUGUACCAGGACCGCAUCAAGCCGAUGGCCAACUACAUCAAGGGUCGCUUGAAAGAGAGGUCAGUACCGGACAUCAUCGUGAAGUCCUUUGAGGACUUGUACUCUCAACACCCGGACCUUUUCGAUGUGCAGAACCCAAAGAGUGGGGAGGAGACCACGAUCUUCUUCCACAAGCCACCAGCUUGGUUUAAAGGCUGGGUGGACAUUGACUCCCCUGAUGAUCCGUAUGACGAGGUCAUGUGGAAAGAGCUCGCAAAGUUCCUGGAUGGCGAACACACAUUUGCGGGAGGCCGUUACGGCAUGGCCCGUGAGCUCAUGCAGCGCAAUCUCCCAUUCCUGGCCAACUACUCGCUUGGGGAGGUUUGCCACAUCGUGCAGCUGGCCAUCCAGCAUCGCAGGCUCAUCGUAUACCACCGCAAGAUGCUGAAGCCGAUUCAGACAGUGCUUUGCCAAUUAUCUCCGGAUGGAAAUGGCAAUGGGGCGGCUGACAAUGCAGAGGAGCUGACGGGUGAAGAGAUCAAAGAAAUGGACGACCUGACCCUAGUCCUUUUCCGUAUGCUGCUGCACCACCCGUCGGGCAUCAGGCUUUGCCGGAUGAAGCAGAUGAUCAAACACGAGUUCCAAAGGAAACUCUCGGAGAUGGCAUUCCAGUGUACCAAGCUUAUCGAGCUCUUCAACCAAGAGCCUCUCAACGAGACCUUUGUCCUGGACACUGAGAAUGAUGGAAAGUCUAUCUACGUCCGUCUGGGCAACCCAGAGACGUUUACGGAUCACGUCAAGCGUAUCUAUGCAAUGGCAAACUCCGCUGAAGCGAAGCAGGCAUUGCCUGGCCUAUCCCAGGCCUAAGCAGAGGGAAGGUUUGAAAGUAUGGCUGACGGAAGACGCCUGCAUCUGCUUUUUGUGGGGCUGGCUAUGGACUCUUUGGAUGAGUUCAUCAUUUCGGUCACGUUGGCCUGAUGCAAUGCGAAUCGGACCGCCCAGGGCGCCAAGGGCUGGUUUUUGGAAGAAAAGCAAAUGC